AUGCUCAACCUCUGUGAGACAGGACAUGAAUGUCACCGCAACUGCAGAUCUGGGGGUGACAGAAUAUUGCCUACUAGGCUGGUGUCCAUCGGUGAUGAACACGGUCAGAUUCGACUAUAUGAGACCGGCGAGGAUGAACAAGGCUCUUGCGCAGCUUUGAGCCAUUGCUGGGGACCACCCGAGAAACGUCCUAUUCGAACUUUGCAAGGAAACAUUGAGUCUAUGAAAUCCGAAAUCUUAUGGGACAGUCUCUCUGCUGUUUUCAAAGAUUCCAUCUGGCUCUGCAGGCGGCUUGGUAUCAAGUUUAUAUGGAUCGACUCCCUCUGCAUCAUCCAGGAUGACGGGUCCGACUGGGAGGUUGAAGCUGCCAAGAUGGCACAGUAUUACUCUGAAGCGAGGGUUACGGUCGCCGUUGACUCUUCUCCUGACGGAACACCCCCGUUUCUUUCAAACAGAGACGAGCGAUGGCAGCCCCAGACUGCUUCUUCUGCGCCAUACUUGGUCGCACGAGAACACUACGACAGACAACUACAGGAAGCACAUCCUAGCUUUUACUGUCCAAUAGCCCGUCACUUUCUGCCAACCAGGGCUUGGGCAAUGCAGGAAUCCAUCCUAUCAACUCGGGUUAUACACUUCAGCCCCUCAGAUGUUACCUGGGAGUGUGAUGUUGAGACGUUGUCAGAAGAUGGGUUCCAAGUUUGGGACAAAGUCACGACUCACGAACCAUCAAGGCCGUUCUUUGAUAUCGUGAACACGUCACAGGAUAAUGUAGAGCACAGAAAAGCCAUUUGGGAGUUGUGGAUGAGUGUCGUUGCCGAGUUCACAGAUCGCUCCAUCACGUAUACAACUGAUCGGCUGCCAGCGCUGAGUGGGAUCGCGUCUCGCUUUCAGGGCAUUGUCGGUGGUUGA